AUGUUCUUCGCAGAUUCAGAGGAAAUAAAAUUGAAACUCUCCUUAGAUUUUAUAGACGCCCUGUGGGGCAUUCUAUAUCUGCCACGUCAUUUGUGGGGUACGUGGGAUAAUGGGAGAGAAGACGGUCCGUGUGUGGUCGACGCAUCUCUGGUGUGUUUGCAACAAUGGAUACUUCAGGCAGUUCUUGGGUCGAGCUGUCUCCGUGGGACGGGGUUAAACGAGGAUGGAGGAGUAGACGGUACACAAGGAAUGACUCCAGGGAAGCCUCGCCCGUGGCCACGUCAUCUGAUGAAUGGUGGGGUCACACACUGUCUCCUAAUGGGGCACUUAUCCUGUUCGUUCUGUUCGCGAUUGACACAAACCAUGGAAGCUCCUGAGUUCUUGAAGAGCAACGAUCUGGACUUUGACUAUGGCCGGAGUGAAGAUCCAGUGCCAAAGACUAUAAUGGAAAUGCCAGUUAAUUCGAUGCAAAAGAUUACAGAGGAUCUGAACCCAUUGGAAAAAAAUUUCGAAUCGUGUGUGAUUAUGUAUGAAAGCAACGGAAAUCCAAUCAGACCGUUGCCUGAAGUACUGGAGGAGAAUGUUCCAGCAGAACCACUGAAAAUGUUCACUCAUCGUUAUCAAAACCCCGCAGUCAAUGAAACUUUAGAAUUUACGAUUCGGCAAAGUAACAUCAUUAUCAAUUCAUAUUUAUCCUCAUCUCCAGUAUCUGCUACAUCAAUCCAGUUUAUGUAUAUAGAAAGAGCAUUGUAUUGCAAUAAUCGAUUCGUCAGCAUCACCUACACAUCAUCGUGUUUAUCCAAACUUCAAAUACUACGGGCGAUUUACUCAAGCAAUUUUGACAGCCGUCUGGCUUGGCAGUCUUCUUUGUUAAUGGGUUCUAUUUUUCUGAUGAUUUUUCCCCCUUAG